GUGCCGAGACUCCUUCCAGGAGUUCAAGCGGCAGAUCGCGAGACACGCCGAAUAUGCCCGCACAGGCAAAAAGAUCCAGGAAAAGAUCAUUCAGGAAGUAGAGGAGUUCGAGCUGGACAAGGAUGCAGAGGUCGAGGAAGUUCGUGGUUCCAACAUCUCGCUAAAGAAUCGACUUGCAAAGCUCGAACAAGCUCUCCGAAAUAAAGACGAGCUUGCAGAAAACCUGCAUGUCAUUGAUUUUGAGCAGCUGAAAAUUGAAAACCAGCAGCUCAAUGAGAAAAUAGAAGAACGAAACGAAGAGCUGCACAAGUUGCGCAAGAAGACCGUCGUAACUGUGCAGAUCAUUACGCACAUGCGCGAGAAGGUGCAGUUUGUCCAAAAGGAGUACCAGGAAACGAAGGAGAAGUUGGCAACGUUGGAUCAAGAUCUCGGUGCGCAGCGUGAUCUGGUCACCAAGACCAAGCAUGAGCGAGAUGAGCAUAGGCAAGAGUAUGCCGCUCUGAAGCAGCAGACCGGCAUCAUGAAUUCUGAGCACCUUACGAAGGAUUUCAAGGACCGUGCAGAUCGCAUCAAGGAGCUCAAGGACCAAAUCUCUCAGCUCAAAAAGCGCCACGGUCAAAUGUCCCA